AUGGUGAGCAGGAUGUCUGGUAUGCUUAGAGAUACCAAGUCUAGAAUCUUAGAGAAGGUUGAUCAAAAUGAUCAAACUACUGAGUUAAGAAUAAAUUCUUUUAAUUCGAAGUAUGUGGGGGCUGUGAAAGAGCUAACAAAUGUUCAAAAAGAAAGACAUACUUUGUUCGUAAUGGAUGUGAAGAAAUUGAGAGAAGAUGUAAAUUUGAAUCUUCAAGAGCUUUGUGAUGACAUGGUUCGUGAACUUACAGUUUUUCAGAAUGAUUAUGCCACUCUGCAUAAUAAAGUUGAUAUUAUUUGUGAUGCUGUCACGAAAUAUGUUAUGUUGUACAAAAGCUUGAGUCCUCAAAUUACUCAACUUUCUACAUCUGACAAUCAACAGCUGGGGGAGGUUAUUUAG